UUUUUCUCCCUAUCUUGCCUCCUGAGUUUUUUCUUUUCUGGGUGUUGCCUGUUCGGAUUACAACUUUGGAGUUUCACCGGGUGUUGCUGAGAAAGACACACAAUCUGGAUAACUUUCUUAAACGACGACAUUAUAUUAACUUUUGGAGCGCAGUCGAAGGCACUUUGGUUACGUUGCCAAGCGACACCGGCUGGUUUUAUUUUAGCCGCCGUUAGCCUCUGAUAAGCUAACUGAAACCACCUACCGUUGGCUGGGUUGCUAGCGAGAGAGGCGACCAAUGCAGGCCAUUAAGUGUGUGGUGGUGGGGGACGGGGCUGUGGGGAAAACAUGCCUUCUCAUCAGCUACACUACCAAUGCCUUCCCUGGAGAGUACAUCCCAACAGUCUUUGACAACUACUCUGCCAAUGUGAUGGUGGAUGGCAAACCGGUGAACCUGGGCUUGUGGGAUACAGCGGGACAGGAGGACUACGACAGGCUGAGGCCUCUGUCCUACCCUCAGACAGAUGUGUUCCUGAUUUGCUUUUCACUAGUCAGUCCGGCCUCCUUUGAAAACGUCCGUGCCAAGUGGUACCCUGAGGUGAGACACCACUGUCCCAACACGCCCAUCAUCCUGGUGGGCACCAAGCUGGAUCUGAGAGACGACAAGGACACGAUUGAGAAACUGAAGGAGAAGAAGCUCAGCCCCAUCACCUACCCUCAGGGCCUGGCCAUGGCUAAAGAAAUAAGUUCAGUGAAGUAUCUGGAGUGCUCCGCUCUGACGCAGCGCGGCCUGAAGACGGUGUUUGACGAAGCCAUCAGGGCGGUGCUGUGCCCCCCGCCCGUCAAGAAGAGGAGGAGGAAGUGCAGAAUAUUGUAAGGGAGAAACACAGGGAGUAGAAUAACACAGUUGCAGUCAGAACCCGCCUACCUAGGAGAGGAUGGCUGGGUUCCCCACAUAUCUAUUCACCCCGUGUCCUUGCUUACAUAGAAGCUCUGGUAGAUCAGAUCUCCAUCUAAAAGGACUUCACAGAUUUAAGCAGCGCUGAAGGUUUUUCUCUCAGAUCUGGUUUCUGUUUGCUUUAAUCUGUAUCGUCCUUUCAGAUCGACAGGAAUGAAGUGACUUUGUUAGGCCUUGGGGAAUGUGAGGGAGAGGGUGAUUUAACAUUUCACAUCAUCCGUCUCCUACGUUGUGAAGAAACACUACUUGAAUGUGAUUUUAUCAUGAAUUAACUGAAGAUGUAACUCUUAAGAGAAGGGGGUCCUGCAUUGCACUCUUUCCCCUACACACUACAAGAUUCCUGCUGCCUUGAUGACAUUUUACUUUUAGCAAGAAAUGUGUUUCAGUAGCUCUAAUUUCCAUCGUCAGUUUCUUUUCAGCUGCGGUUGUUGGACAGUUUGUUUACAUGUUUCAUCUGACUAAACUGAGAUGUUGCCAAAACUCAGCUGUCAACGGUCAUCACUUUGUAGUCGCUCCUUGGACACUAAAUAUCUCUUCCUUAUUAACUUAGUUUCUAACCUGUUCAAGGUACCAUCAUGCAGUCACGGUUAAAUCCUUAAAUGACAUAUAACCUUUGUUGUAGCAGGUGCUAAACUAAGUACUAAUUUCUCUGUACAAGUAACAAGCAUUUAAAACGCAGUCUCUGCUAGACGUCUAACAGGUGAAUGUGAACACACGCAGUAUUUUCUAACUGUCGGGCCUGUGAGGGUGCAGCGCUGCCAGUGUUGUUGUGCCGUUUCAUCCUCAAUCUAUCUAAUUAUAAAACUCUCACUAAGUUCUUGUUGAUUUUGACCACAUCUACUACUGUGUUUCAUGAAGUCUACGAGCCAGUGCACUCAAGGUUGUAACGGAUGUCUCUUGUUGUACAAUAUGAGCAGUAGCUUCGAAGCAAAUGCAUUUUAUUUUUAAACGAGCAAUGAUCAAAUUGCAUGGGUGCUCUGGGGAGCCGCUGGAAAUCUCAUUUUCAGUGCGCAGUGGACACGUGGAUUUACUUUCUCACUUAAUAUGUUUUAAUUUUCACAUAGUAAUAUGCAGAUUUUUUUUUUGUAAGCAAAUAAAUUCAUUUAAAAUUA